AUGCAGAAUGUUACACCUGUGAACACUCCAACUGAGUUUAGAUUGAAACUAAACAAAGAUCAUGAAGUGGAGAAGGUGGACAACACAUUUUACAAGCAAAUUGUAGGCAGAUUGAUGUAUCUAAUUGCUACAAGACCAGACAUCAUGUAUGCUGUGGGUCUCAUAAGUAGAUACAUGGAGAAUCCAACUGAGAUGCAUCUGUUAGUUGCCAAGAGAAUCCUUCGUUACUUGCAAGGCACUAAGGAUUUUGGAUUACUCUACAAAAAGGGUGAAAAGUCAGAUUUGCUUUCUUUUACUCAUAGUGAUUAUGCAGGAGAUCAAGAUGAUAGAAGAAACACUUCGGGUUACGUUUUUAUGUUGGGCACAGGGGCCGUUUCGUGGUCUUCCAAGAAGCAGCCAAUUGUCAAUUUGUUAAGUACAGAAGCUGAAUUUGUUGUUGCUACAAUUUGUGCUUGUCAAGCUAUUUGGCUGAGAAGAAUUCUUGAGGAGCUUCAAUUCAAGUAA